CCUCCCAAUUGCUGCGCGUCCUCGACCUCCUCCCCGUCUCCCCUCUGUCACCCAGCGACAGCGGCUACACUCAUUCGUUUACGCGCAGGCGGUGCCCGUGCAACGCCGAUAAAGCUCGCAUAUUUUGGUCACCGUCGCACAGUCUCAAGCUACCCGUGCAUAUCGCCGUGCACACCGCACACAAACACCGUUGGACCUGGCGUCCAAUCCCAAUGACUUGAUCGCGUCGCCCGACCUCGACGCCUCACACGACGUGCCUCGCACCUGACGCUCCUUACGCGGCGGCUUUUUGGAUAUCCUAUGUCCCUGCAUUUAACAUGGCCCCAGUCUCCAGCGCAGACGCAUCCUCCGUUCCUCUCGCCGACUAUUUCUUCAUAUCUGGAAUUGAGUCCUCGCAGGUCUACGACGAGCGCUCCCAACCAAGCGGCCUGAACGGCCUAUCUUCCCCGCUCGCAUCGCCGCCGCCCGUGGACGUCGACGAGACCAUUGAAGAGGAUCGAGCCCUAGAGACGGAUUCCAUUCGUCCAAAGUCUCAAGAAGGCCUGUCCAAUGGCGAAGGCACCAAGCGGAGGUCCGCCCGAUUGAGCUUCGAGCACCGCCAGUCAGUCGGAACCAUCAUUGGUUCGGAUUCCAAGCAAUCUGCCAGCAACCGAAGCAGCGCAACCAUAAAAGGCAUCCAGGUCGGCGCCUCUGGACUCAGCGAGGUAGACUUCGAAAACGCUCUCCGGAAGUUCGCCUCCGAGAGGGACACGUUUUUGGAAGAGAUACAGUUUUCGGCCGGCAUCGCGCAGCAGAACCGCCCUACCCCCACUAAGCCGCGGGCACGACCCCAGCGAGUCACGCAGCAUGAAGAUGGAGGCGGGAAUCUUAGGUCUGGCGUGGGCAGCAUCCGGCGGCGUUUGUCGACCAUGCAGAGCAGUCUCAAGAGGCAGUCCUCGAUGGCACGUCAAGCUUCUGUUCGUACUUCAAAAAGAAUGUCGGGCUACAACUCAGUUAUUCCCGCCCCGCAGCCCUUCAAUCCCGAACCGAAUAUGCAUCCUUUACUCCGCCGUUACGAACCGGUGCUCCUGGAUCGCUACCCCCCAAAGAACAUGGUCGAAGAGCUGAAGCGGCGGAACCCCUUUCCCGAUUAUGUUCCCAUGUUUGCUUUUCCCAACGAUGUUAGGGUCGUUUCAGCCGACGACCGACCGAGCACCUUAUGGCAUGGCUUUGCUAUGACUAACGCCGACAAUUCAAAACUAUACGGGAUCUGCAUGAUUGUCUGGCUACCUUUGAAUCCGACUGCGGCUGAGGGUCUCGAACGGCAGUGCGAAGAAUGGCGGAGGCUCCAUAUGAACCCCGAAGAGCGAGAACUGGCUAGCAGCCUUGGCGAGCGCCUCGCGCUGGAGAGAGCAAAGCUAUCGCGACUCUUAGCGAAGCUACCAACAGUUGCGUCCGAGUCCGAAGACCGCGAGAAUCUAGAGGAGGAGAUCAGCGCCGUCGAAGAGAAGAUAAGCUUGAUGACCGAUUUGUUACGCCCCGUCAGGCACGGCGCGGCCUCCAAGAUUGAAGGACUUACGGAUGGAGAGACCGGCCUUUGGAUCCCUCGCGCGUACGGGGUGAUGGGCAGAGACGCAAAUUUGACACCGUUCUGGAAGGAAUGGCUCAAGGCCGUCGUUGUCCCCAUGACCAACAGUGCAGUACUGCGCGUACCUCCCAGCUCCCCGCGAAUCGGUAUGUGGCAGCCCCUCGAGCGAUACGUCGUCAACCUCUGCGCAGAGGCACUGAGUCCCAUCACGUCCAUUACGCAAGUAGAGAUUGCAGUGCGUGAGCUACGGCUGUACGCACGGAAAGAUGCAGUAAACGAGCUGCCCGGCUCGCGUAACAUCGACAUAUAUCCCUUGUUCCGGUGCCUCUCGAUCCCGAAUAUCGUCACGCUUUUCGAGUACGUCCUGGCGGAGUCAAAGAUCAUCCUCCUUUCUUCGCAUACGGCCAUGCUUCAUUUGGCAAGUAUGGCUAUAGUCAACCUCCUGUACCCCUUCAAGUGGGCCGGUGUGUUCAUUCCCGUCCUGCCUGCGCGUUUGAUCCAGACCAUCGAAGCGCCAUGCCCGUACAUCGUUGGUAUAGAGCGCCAGUAUGAGCCGACUGAAUACCCCGAGGAUGAAUACGUCCUGGUCGAUUUGGAUAACGACGCUAUCGGCAGCAAUGGUGGCGCGCCUCCUCUGCUCCCUCGCCAACAGCGACGAAAACUCACAUCCUUACUACAGCACUCCGCGCCACAUCAUAUUCGACAUGGAGUGCCUACAGGUCCUCCGGCAUAUGCCAUGGAAUCAUUCCCUUUUGACUCAUUUGUCUCUGAAAAUCCUGGGGUAUUUACGCAUCGGGCACACCCUUCGACUAUACAAACUUAUGUUGGGCUCAAUUCGACAUCAUUUGGAACUGUUGGGGGGCCACAUACCUCGCGUCCUCUGAUCUUCAAUGCAUUCUUACAAUCGAGUGCUCAGAGCCGCGGGAACGACAGACCGUCGACGGCGUCCACAAUGAAGACCAACUCGAACUCUCCUCCGUCUCCACGGAUAUCUCCAGUCUCAGCAGCUUUCCCACCCCUACCCAGUACACCGAUAUCACGCAGCGACUCCGGCUAUGCCUUGCAAGCUAACCUGCGCGAGAAGCGGUCCGCGCAUUUCGAGACUUCGUCUCGGCGAAGCUCAUCGUUUGGUUUCGAUCGCGUACCGCCGAUGAUGAGAAGACCCAGCCAGCCUUUCUUGGGCCAUGCCCCCAGUGCCUCAACGUCAUCCCUGAGUCAUGAACUCCGCGCCCCCUCAUCGUACGCGCCAUCGGUAUACGCCCAAUCCACGCUAGCUGCGUCGACGAUUAUGCCUGGUAUGGCGAUGCAGCCGGUUCGGAAUACCGAGACGGUACGCUGGCAAGAAGGUCACUGCAUGCAAUGGAAGCCGUACGAGGAGAAGGCAACUUGCUCGGUCUGCGAAGAAAGGGCAGAUGAAGGACUAUACCGCUGUACCGGCUGCAGUACGUACGCCCACGGUAGAUGUGUCGGCACCAUCUGCAUCGUUUGCCCCACUGCCUUCCGACCGGAUCAAGUCCGUGCCUCCUUCGUAAGAUGCUUCGCCAGCCUGCUGUAUACAUACCGGCGAUACAUGGUUCCUCCAACCGGUGACCAAAAGAGGGCUGGAAUGAUCUACCAGUUCAAGAUGGAUGAUUUCAUGAAGAGCAUGCCGCAUGAGAAUGCACAGUACAUGUCUGUGUUGCAGCAAACUCAAGCAUUCAAUGAGUUCAUUCAUGAGCGAGAGACCACUCGGCCCGAUGAUCCAGCAAUUAAGUUGUUUGACGAAGUUAUCCUAGCGAAACGAAACCGCGGAAAAUCGUCGUUCUUCCACAAAUCGAGAGUCGAUUUCCUGUCGGACACAACGGACCACCUCUGGCGCACUGCGUCAGCGACUCCACCAAACUCGCGAUUCCCGGGAGACUAUCGUGCGAUCAUCAGUCGAAUUCCGGCCAAACUGGAUCCAACGUUGAUGAAAGAGCCACGCGUCAUUCAAGGCGUCCCUCGCAUUCCGAUGGCGAAAGCCCGCCGCAAGCCCAUCCCUUCCAUGCUCGGGCCCAACGGGACCGUUCACCCAAAACACCCUGUAACGCCACCUUCAUGAAUCCCCGCAAAACACCGCACGACGAACACAUCAUCAUAGUAGUCACGCCUUCCAUCUUGCUCCUUGGCUUUCCCUUAGUCUUUCAUGUAGUAUAUAACCAGCGACGGAGCCCUCGGAGUAUGAUGGGUUGGAACUAAGG